AAUUUAGUAUUAUAAAGAGUUUCAAAGCUGAUGUUUCCAGCAUUAGCCCUUUGUCUGAGUGAUUGGCAAAGGGCUAUGCUUUAACAAAGGGCUGCUGCUCAAAAUGUCAGCUUUUAAACUCUUUACGUAGGCCUGUUUGUAUAAGCAAUCCACUUUGUUUGUAAAUAUACUUAGGAAAAGAAACUGUACACGAACAAUUAUAGAGGGAUUCAAAAUCCUCUCGUCUCUGCUUAUUAUGAGUAAUCAGUGUUCACUGAUUUGAAGGUUGGGCAUUUAUUCAAUCUUUUUACCCUGCAAAUAUUGAUCCACAGUAGGAGGGUAUGUGGAAACCCCCUCUUUUAUCUCUCUCAUGUGACAACUAACAAAACAAGUUUCCAUUAAGAUUCCACAGCCUCAAGUGUAGGCAAAUUCCACAAAUGAUCACAUAUUGCUGUUGCACCUCACAAGAGAGUUGAGCAUUUAUUUUUUGCAGUGACUUGCAUCAGUCUUAAAUUCCUCCUUUUUUUUAUUUUGGCAUCUUACAUCAGUGUUUUCUUUUUCUUAUGUCUCCACUCCCUUUUUCUUUCCAUUUGGUUCCCUUUUGCAUUUUUCCAGACUUUCUUUAAUAAAGUACUUCACAUGAAAUUCCAUCUCUCAUUGUAUGGGAAUCCCAUCAGACCUGCCGAAAGGGCCCCUUAUGGGACCUUACCGGGAUCUUGGCAGGAUUCCCAAAUCAACGGAUAAUGGAAUAUCAUGUGAAGUAUAUUAAUUAUAUUGUUACCAUGCCAGGAUCCAGUACCUGAUCAUUAGUGCAGCUGUUAGUCUUCCCCUUAUGUAACAAUCUCUUGUAGAUUCUGGCUGACAACAGUUUGCAAAAAUUUACCUUCUACACUCUAACAUCAGUAUAUGUUUUCUCCAUAAUGUUCUCUAUACAUUUUCUAAGGUACUGAGAAGGAGAAUUUGUUUAACAAUCAAAAACUUUUUAAGUUGGUGAUCAUUUCCUCCAUUUUUGCAGCCUUAAUGUUUGAUUAAGGUUAGAGGGUUAAUUUGUGUCUGAUUAGUUAAUAUUUGAUUAAUUUUUACAAGGUUAAUGUUUGAUCAAAGUUUGAUUAUGGCGGCAGGGUUGAUAAAGAACUGAUAGAAUGAUCAGGCAAAAGUUUUAAAGAAAUCAAUUUCCGGUGAUUGUUGCUUUUUCCUUUCUAAGCAAUUGACAGAUCUCAAGGAAAAGAUGUGACGAAACCUACUUUUACCCUAUAGUUGUUCAUCAAAACAAGUUCGUCAUGCUAUCUGUUAAUCUUGCAUGGGUUUGGAAAGUUGUAAACUGUAUGAUAGAUUGACAAACUAGGUAAUUUUAGACAAAACUAGGAAAACAUCUAAGAUCGAAUUUGUAAUUACGUAGUCUGUCUUUUUUUCAAUAUGCUGAGUAAGUGAAGUGAUCCUAAACACUGCACAUAACAGGAAAUCGUAGAUGUAAGGGAAGCUGUGCAUAAGCAGUGUGGGUAGCCUGUGCAAAGAAAACCUUGUUACCGUGCACCCCUGGAAACGAAAACAAAAACAUGGCGGACGUGUCAACAGUGUCUUUUUCAGGAAGUUCUGCAGAAACUAUCGAGAAGGCAAAGGCUUUCUGGAAGUGUAUAGACCCUCCUCCGGAACAGAAGUCUACAUUAGCCGUCAGUGGAAUAAACCAUCGCCUAAAAACAGCCCCUCAAGUUGGAGACGGUUCGUUAAAACACUGUUUUAAAACAUCAGUCUGGAAUUAAACAGCUUACCUCUCGUAAAAGAUCUUGUAUUACGCUCAACUACAAAUUGGCGGCCCUGCCGCUUUCUAGAAGCACGGGAAAUAAACGCUUGCAAUCGAGACGAUGGCUUUCAUCUGCCAAGCGAGUAUUUGACAAAAGUGCUGAAGGAUAAGGCCUAAUUAAUUAAACAACUGUUAAUAGUGUAUUUUGAUCGUCCGGGUGAGUGUAGUCCUGAGUCUGAGAAGGACUGUUGUCCGUACUGGUGACUGACGUUUCGACAACCUGAGCGAAAGUCAUAGUCAGAGUCAACUGAAAGGUUGCUGUCAGUCGAAUGAUCGUCAUCCGAAACUGUAUAACUACACUUACCCGGACGAUCAAACUACACUUUUACAUGUUACCCGCGAGUUCAAACCAUUUACUGUAAACAACUGUUGGUACUAUACAAAUAUCCUGCAUUUCUGAUCUUUUCUCAUCUUUUUAGAACGGUCUCACCUGUGCAACGAUUUUUACAGUAGUUAGUUUGUAUUGUAUUAGUGCUUUUCUCAAUCAACUACUGAAAAUGUAUCGUUAUGGCAAUUUUUUACGCACAUUCACUGGGUUACUUUGAAUGCUUUUUGGGAUGCUUCUGUUGGUUUUUUGUUGAUGUUUUGUUCUAUUACACUUUAUUCACUUAACCCUUUAACUCCUAAGAUCCGGUUGUUAAUUCUCUCCUUUUCCCUGUAAAUUAGUUAAGAGAAUUUGGUGUUGGAUCAAGAUAUCUUCUACCUGAUAAGUUUGAGUAUUCUCAUAACCUGUUUGCUGGAUGAUGUAUGGAAAUUAUAGGGGGAAGUUACAUGCUGAUCACUUCUUGGAAGUGGGUUCAACUUCAACCUAAUGUUGGGUUAUGGAAAUUUGAAUUGAUCCCUUUGCAGGCAAGAGAUUAGUUGGUAUCUAUCAGACACACACAACUACACUUGAAAUGGAAAAUGAUCCAAGUAAGUGAAUUUCAGUUAAACUCAUAACUUCUUUUGUCAGUUGAGGUCUAAAUUCUCAGGCUUUAAUUAAAAAAAAAAACUUCUCUUGAACUUUCUAAGCUGAAUAAACUAAUCAUCAUGUCUUUAGGACUCACAACAUAUUUGGAGGAUGCUCAGAAAAGGAAAGAACAGGAACAAGCCGACUAUGUGCAAAAAAUAGUGAGAUGAUUUUUGCAAUUGUGGUAGUAUUUUACAGCUUAGAUAGAUAAUUUUGUUGACAUAUACUAUAACUUCCACAAUAUGCCUUGAACUGUUGGGUGUCUUAGAUCUGUGUGGCCUGCUACUUGUUGUGUUGUUUCCUGUGUUUUUUUGGAAAGUUUAAAUCUUGAUAAGUUAUCUUUUUUGGGCCCUGGCUGCUUGGUUUACAACUGUUUUGUAUUGGUAUUAACAUGAUUCCAAGUGCAAUUUGGUAUUAAUAAGCACAUGUAAAUUUUUCAAAGACAUCAAAAUUGCACAAUCCCUUAGAGUGAGUGCAAUUUGUAGUCUUUGAAAAAUUAACUAGACUUAAGUGUGUACUACACCAAAAUGUAAGGGAAAUUACAUUAUUACUUAUUAAUAAUAUAAUUUGCACUCAUGUUACAACUUUGUACUGGUGUUACAUCAGAAUGCACUAGUUUUAAGCCAAUCAGCAGCGCAUAAUUUUUUCAUGUACAUUAUUACCUCAAAAAUUGUAUUUGUUUGUAAAUGGCAGUACAGGUGUUGGAAUACACAUGUCAGAUGUAGUUUGUGAAUCAAAGAUGCAUGUUGAUGACACUCGAAUAUAGAGCAAAAGUGACUUAAGUUUUUGUCUGGUUCAUCUUCACUCUGGGUGCAUCUAUGAGGAAUAGUUUCCCCUCGCUGGUACUCCUCAUUACUCUUGCCGAUUGCCUAAUGCUCUCUGUCUACUCCCCUCACCCCCAUAUGCUGACCUUUACACACCUUGGCACCUUGCUUGGGUAGCCCAUGUCAUGUUAUAAAGUCCUGGACUUGAGUUUUGCUCUGUCUUGAUCUAGAUAUAGAUAAUUAAUUCACUAAUAAUGAACAUGAAAAAAUUACACGCAUUUUUUAUGUAACAUAAGUGCAAAGUUGUAACACGAAUGCAAAGUGCAAGUGCAAAGUACAAAUAGCUCAUGAGCGCUGCCAAAAUUUCAUCCAUCUUCAUUUUCUGUGAUACAUUUUUCAUGUAAAUUAUUAACAAGUAACAAUGAUAUGGUGUAAUAAGCACUAGUAAGCACUUUUCUAGUAAAUAUUUCAAAGACUAUGAAUUGUACUUGCCUUAUGGAUGUGUGCAAUUCUAUUGUCUUUGAAAAAUUUACUCAUGCUUAGUAACACCAAAUUGCAUUCAAAAUCAUGAUUUUACCGAUACAAACAGGCCAGUAUGGUCAGAUAAGAUCCUUAGGUGUGGCAAUAUCAGGAUUAUAGCUAACUACAGGCUAACCAGGUUGUAUUGUAGUCAUGUAAUUGCCUAAUACAUUUAUGUUGUAUUAUAGACAAACAUCCCAUGGAAACAGUAUGAAAGUUAGCUAGUAGAUUUAGCAGGUUAUGUCUAAACUGAUUUUAAUUUUGAAGUGUCUUUGCAUCUUGCAGACUUCAUUUAGAGAAGAAGCUCAACAAACACUGGCCAAAAGAAAGGUUGAGAGAUUAAAGGUUAGGUGACCCUUUUUGCUAUUGGAUGUGCAAAGCAAAUAGCAUCUAAUUUCUUCUUACAACAUCACCCUGAAUCACAAAUCAAGGCCAAGAGAAAAGAGGGAAAGAAGCUCUUGAUUGUUAAACAAAUUCUCCUUGUCAGCACCUUAAGAAAUCUUUAGAGAAGAGUAUGGAGAAUAUUAAAAGUGAUGUUAGGGUGUAAUGGGUUUAAGAUUGAGGACUGAUUGAAAAUGUAUGAACUCCCAAGAUCUUGUUAGUAAUUCUCCUUGCCAGCUAAGUUUGCACCAGAUGUAUUGCAGAAUAGCUCAGUAAUCAGAAUUGCAACCUUUAGAGGUUGACCUGACCAUAAAAAGAUAAUAUUCUGCAUAGUACUACCCAUGAAUUCACUUCAGGUUUACUUUGAUUUGAGGUAUAACUGUUCUUGCUUAAGAUGAGUUUCCCUUUUAUUUCUUUGUCAAAGUAUUGUUCAUGUAAUAUAGCAUCCUAACACAUUGUGGAUGAUACCCAAAACUUUUUGGAAAAAUUGAGGCAAUCAUGGUGAUAAAGAAGUUUAAAUCAGCAAUCACUUACUUCAAUGUCAUGAUCUCUUCCUUCUCACCUGAGCUCCCUUUAGUGAGAAGGCAAAUGAAGGGGGUGGGGUGGGUGCAAGGAAAGAAUAGAGACCCAUUCCUAGCUGGAACCAGGCUGAAAUUCUGAAAUAUUGUGAUUUUGAGCAUCAAUCAUGAUUCAAGAAAAUAAAGAAGGGAGCUGGUUGCAAUUCAAUGCUAUAUUACCUGAAACACAGACUUUUGGUUUUUUCAUGGAAAUGAAAAGCAAUUUUUGAACCUUAAUUAAAACUUUUAGGCUUUAAUUGUGGAAGCAGGGAUGGUGCAGUGGUGAGAGUGCUUCCUUUCCGCCCCUCCCACCACUGUGAACUGGGUUCAGAUCCUGAACCUGGUGUCACAUGUGGAUUGAGUUUGUUAUUAGCUCUCAUCCUUGCUUCAAGUGGUUUUCUGUGGGUCCUCCUGUUUUCCUCCCUCAGCAAAAAACCAACAUUCUAAAUUCCAACUCAACCUGGCAAAAGUGGACAGGAAGAGCCACCCCACGGAUUGUCCACUGCUAAUAUCCAGUUAUUUUUUUUUUGAGUGUGUGUUUGUGUACUGCCAUCCAUGCAGGCUUUGUCAUGUUUGGGACUAGUCACUAUAUAUAUUGUCUGGGGAGGGGGUGGGAGGAUUUUUGUUGUAUCACCCUGAAAUUAACCUUGUGUCUCCCCCUCCAAAGCUUUGUAGUAUUUUAAUGAUCCCCUCCAUUGACAGGCAAUGUCCUGUAGCGCCCCCCCCCCUUUGCCCUUUGUACCUUGUUAGUAAUGACUGUUUCUCCCCCCUGUUACCCUGAAAAUCAUGUAAUCCUCCCUUCAUUCUUUCUUCCCCCCCCGUGAUAAAUAAUGAUAGAUGCUUUAUUUUUAAAUUCCCCCUGAGCAGAAAGAAGCAAUCUCACAUCAUCAGCCCAAAGAACAUGUCUUCAACAUCUCGUAAGUGGGAAACUCUCUUUGUUUUUUCCUGUUUUUUUUUUCUUUUUUACUGUGUAGUCUUGAUGCCAUUUCUUCCAAAUUUUGGUAUGUAUUUAUAGAGAGUCCAGUGAAGAAGAUGACGAAGGCGUGGAAGCCAUGACAGAAAUUGAUAAGUUUGAGGAUAGUCUUAAACAGAAGGAAAUUAUAAAACCAGAGUAG